UUUGUAAAUUACAAUUUAUAUUUUUCUAGAUUUUGUAGAAAUUUAAUUAAAAUGCAUUCAUUUUUAUGGCCUGAAGGUAAAAUUCCUUAUACGUAUGAUCCAGAUGCGGAUUUAGAUAACUACAAAAAUAUUAUUGAAGAAGCCAUGAAAACUCUAUCUUAUAAGACUAAAUGUAUUACUUUCCUACCAUGGGAGGGUGAGAAGGAUUACAUUAUGGUGACAACCGGCACGAGAUGUUCCUCGUAUAUCGGACGUGCUGGCGGUAAACAAAUAUUGUCGUUAGAUACAGAUAAAUGCGAUUUAAGUAAAUGUCUUCACGAAUUAUGUCACGCCAUUGGAUUAAUCCACGAGCAUCAAAGAAUAUUAAGAAAUGAUAAUAUUAUAAUAUUCUGGGAUAAUAUUCUAGAUGGUGAAGAGAAGCAAUUUAUCAUAAGAUGGGAAUACGACGUGCAUAACGACGAAUUUGAUUACAAUUCAAUUAUGUUGUUCGAAGAACGAUUCUUCUCGAAGCAUUCCAGUCUUCCAACAAUAAAAGCGAAAAAUGGAAGAAAACUGAUAACAAAAAAGUUUACACUUAGUUAUUCAGAUAUUUCUAAAAUUAGAAAAAUGUAUCUUGGUUCCGACUUUAAUUAA